AUGGGUUUCUCGAAGGAACAGCUACUUCACCGGUUACAGGAGCUUCGGAUUGAAUUUUCUAAGUAUGAGCAUCCUGUUGUUUUGACUGUUGAAGCUCAGGCAAAGUAUGUUGGAAAUUUGGGUGGUGGACUCAGUAAAAACCUAUUUUUGAAGGAUAAGAAAAACAGGUUUUAUGUUGUUUCUGCUUUAGCUGAUACCAAAGUAGAUCUGAAAGUGUUAUCUCAGCGGCUUGGUUUGGGAAAAGGUGGUUUGAGAAUGGCACCUGAAGAGGCUUUGGGUGAAUUACUUCAGGUACCCUUGGGCUGUGUAACACCAUUUGCAGUAGUGAAUGAAUCAGCACGAGAUGUUUCGCUGCUAUUAGAUCAAGGAUUCAAGACACAUGAGCAUUGUUUCUUCCAUCCACUGUCUAAUGACAUGUCCAUAUCUCUAAAUGCACGUGGUCUCGACACAUUUCUUAAAUCUAUAGGAAGAGAUCCCUCAUAUGUCGAUCUGGAGGCCAAUCCUACAGUGGGGAAAGAUCAACCCCCUGAUCUAGCUGCAUUAGUUCCAUCCGGUUCAAUAGUUUUGCCCGAUCAACCAGGAAAACAAUCAUCUGCAGUAACUUCUAAGGACGGAAACCUUGUUUCCGAGGAAAAUAAGUCCAAGACAGUUCCAGUCAAAGUUGUCAAGCCAUCUGUAGCUGCGAACAAUUCAAAAGGAACCCCGGGAAAAGAUGUUCAGUCAUCAAGAUCCUCUGCAGACGUUGGGAAAUUAGUUGAAGAGAUAUUGCAAAAAACAUCAAAAUUAUUGCUUUCAGAGAUCAAUGACGAAACUAUAAAGACACAUGGAGACCAACUGGGUACUGCGGUAUCAGACAAAUUACAGAAAAACCUCAUCUCAGAUUUUAAAAAUCUUGCUAUGAUAUUUAAGAACACUGCAUAUACAGAAGGGUUCCAUGCCGGUACUCUCCAUCAGCCAAAACGUUGA